UACAUUCCUUCCUAGAUUUCCCAAGGCCAAUGGACUGGAAGUGAGUUUUGCCCGUGUAAGGACCCGCUCUGAGAGGCAGCAAUUUGUAUCCUCUGGUCGAAGCCAUAUAGAGGAGAAGAACGCGUUUCAAUUUUCAAGUUGAGAAAGCUAGGGUUUAUGAAUCAGACUUGGAGGCCAUGGUUCCAGAAGGAGCGGCUUCUCCCAAGCUUCUGCGCCUUCUCUCUUUCAUUGGAGCCGGAGUAAUUUGCACUGCGGCUAUAAAUGUGUGGAGCAAUAUUGAAACGAAUCGUCACAGGAAAACGUUUGAAGCCACUGAAAGAGCCCAAGAAUCUUCUCAAGUGGUGAAAAAAGCGUUUCGCAUAGGACUUUCGGAGUUCCAGAGGCUUGAGAUCAAGUUGAUGCAAGCUUUUCUUUUUUUUCUGCUGUAGGAUUUGGGAAUGAGCAGAUCUAUUGCCAAAAUUUAUUCAAAAGGCAAAAUUCAUGACUUAAUUUAUAUAAAUACCUGCUUUGUAUAUCACAAAUAUUAGAGAUUUGGAAUUGGUAUCUUCUUCUUCUUCUUUUUUAUUU